UGCAAAAUGGCUAACGACUGCGAUAUGAAAUCGUUAAUGACUCUUUCAUCGAAAUCGGAAGGUAGUACAGCGCCUGCGGCACGGCUGCGGUGGCGAAACGCUCCGCUACAUGAACGAUGCACUAUGACGGAUAUGGUGAAAUUAAAAGACGCGUUCCAAACUGCUUACAGAAAUGUGCUUUUGCCAAACGAUUUCCGGAAUCUGUUGCGCACAUUGCUCAAUGUGGAGUAUGAUGACGAGGAAUUUCAAAUUCUAUUUAUGAAGAUAAACACAAACCGAAAUGGCGAGAUCGAUUGGGACGAGCUGGUAUCUCACCUCCUACUGGGCUACUUCGCUAAUGACCCAGAGAAUCAACGGGAAUCGCUGCAGCCGCCAAUCAUGGGCCUUCCCACCGUGAUGCGCUCUCAACAUAGGCACCCUAUAUCCAGGAUUUGCUUCUGUCCUGAUGUGUCCAAGGAUCGCAGUACCGACCCAAUGCAAGGCACGUACAUAACUGCAAGCCGUGAUGGGAUGAUCAACUGGUGGUCACUGGAUAUGUCGUUGCUGAGAACUGCCUAUUCAUCUAGUCCCCAUCUGAAGGUUCGAACGACCUGGGUGACGGAUAUGGUGUGCAUGCCAGACGUGAACAUUAUUGUGACAAGCUCCACAGAACGGGACCUGCGCUUCUACGAUUGUACUGCUAAGACAUUUACCCUCAAGAUAAUUAUUACUAGUUGGGAAUAUAUGAUUUGUACGAUGUACUACCAAUUUCACAAAGAUGCUAACGAGAAGUGCAUCCUUAUUUGCGGCGACGUGGGUGGUAACGUGCGUGUCUUGCUGUUCUCGCCUGUGAAGCGGGGUCCAUUCCGCAACCAGGCCGGCCGCGCACUCAUACAGCUUCGACAUGUUGAUCUGCAGCGGAAGCCACAACUGCUGCCCGAGAUGCGUCUGGUGGAGUUGCAGCGGGUGCACUCUGAGUGGGUGCGCCAGGUCUCGUUCUACGCAUCACUGCACUGCGUGGUCUCUUGCGCCACCUGCGCUGACUCUCUUCUGAUGUGCGACCUGGCUGGAUCCAAAACACAUAAUAUGUUCCGAGUCGACAAGGGUAUCCAGUGCUUUGCGUUCGACGAGGAAACUCACGUGCUCGUGACGGGAGGGCCCGACUGUGUGGUCCGUGUAUGGAACCCGUUCGUGACGACGCGCCCGGCCGUCGCUCUGGCCGGCCACCACGCUGCUAUCACGGCGCUCAUACUCCAGAACGCCGGUCAGACCAUCUACUCCCUCUCGCGCGACCGGGUUAUUAAAGUCUGGGAUGUGCAGGGACAACUUUGCGUGCAGUCAUAUAUAGAUAUCCCCUCGCAAAUCGGCGAACGCACCCCGAUAUCUGCUGUUUACAACAAAGCAACCCGUGAGCUGAUCCUCGCAGCAGUCAAGAUUGCGGUACUCGUGCUAGAUGAGCAGUUAAACCCUCAGCACACUGACGGGUUCACACAUUCCCGUGCUGUUGCUAAGAUACUUUACAAUCCCUUAUUCAAAGUGGUCAUCACGUGCGGAAUGGACAGCAUUAUUAUCAAUUGGGAUCCAGUUACAGGUAAACGCAACGUGAUGGUACGCGACGCUCACACGCGGCUGCUGCACGGUGAACUCAUCCCGGUUGAGAUUACUGCGGCCUGCUUUGAUCCUGGCUGGCAACUGCUGGUCACCGGCGCUCGUAACGGAACCCUCAAAGUAUGGAAUUUCAACACCGGCGUAUGUCUACGAAAUAUGGCAAUAGAGCACAUGUGUGAAGUUACAAGCGUUUUCUGGGUGGAAGGGAGGAUCUUGGCCGUGGGGUGGAACCGUCACGUGACAGAGUUCGAGGACACCGGUACCGCCAGCACCGGCAAGAGCUGGGAGACGAGACACAGUGACGACGUGCUGGCGGCUGCCGCGCGCUGGCCGCUCUCGCUCGCCACUGCCUCUUACAAUUCGGAACUCCUGCUGUGGAAACUGGAGACGGGUCAGCCAUACAGACGUUUCUCAUGUACGGAUCCGAUGCUUCGCAUCAAGAUGCACUACAAGAAGCGAGAUGCAACACGCGCUGCUUCUCCUACAGCUACCACCGCCCACCGCACUUCUGCCCCUCGGCUCAGCAUGCAAAGUACGAGCGCACGGCUGUCGCUACCGGAGGCGGGUGAGGCGAUGCGCAAAGCUCGGGCGCGGCGAGUGUCGACGGGCGUAGCGCUACCGACGCGGGCGCAAGCCAUGCGACAGCUGGCCGUGCACGCCAUGAUCUUUCUGGAGACGCGCCCCUUCAGCAUGCAAGACGCGUCAUUGAUGCUGGCCCUAGAGAACGGCCAGGUGCAGGGCUGGUCGGACCACCCUGCGGGAGGGUUGCAGGGUGCAUUUCAGGGGGUGCAUACUGUCGGCGAUUACGUGUCCGCUUUCGCCACCGAUACCAACAACCGGUUCCUGUUCACUGGCACCACCGUUGGGUACAUUAAAGUGUGGCUGAUGACGAACUAUCUCAUGCAGGAACAAGUACACGUGAACAUGUCAGAAUUGCGGCUCCAAUUCCCUUUUUUGUGGCGGGACCGCAUCGAAGGCCGUGCGAAGCGCUCCGUGCGCGACCAGCCACUGCCGAUGCUCCUGAACAGCUACCGGGCUCACCUGCGCUGCAUCACCACCAUGGCCUACAUUGAGCAUUUGAAGCUCGUACUUAGUGGUAGUUCAGAUUACAGCGUGCGUGUGUGGCGGCUGUCUGGUGAGUACUUGCAGACGAUGGGAAGCUUCGUGCCGUGGACGCUGGAAACCACCAGGUUUCCGCCAGAUGUCAAGAAGGUCGCGAGUUUCACCACGUUCAAGGUGUGGCGAUCAGGUUGGGUGUCUCGGUACGUGCCGGGCCAAGUAGAGGUGGACAAGCUACGAGACAUUACCGAUCUCGAACUACGGAAUAAGACUUACGGCGCACCCGCGCCCGACCCUAUGCUAGGGCGGUACUUCGCACUUCCCGCACGUCCCGACCGCCACGACAAAAUCAUGCUCGACGACUCGCUGCAGACCGUCCCGCUGUACGCACACUUGCGCAUGGCGUCGACGCAGCCGGUGCGGCGGCCGCCCACGCCCGAGCUGGUGCGCCACACGCGCCUCCGGCAGCUACCCGCUAAAAAGACGCACUUCGACACCGCGGGACCACCUACACGGGCUAACGAAUAGCCAGCCGACUAUAAAAGUGGUCGUUCCACUACGCUAUUGCAGUGACCUACUACCAGAACAUUACCUGUGUCGUUCCACUAAUUUGGAUAAAUUUAGUAUUAUUGUAAUUUAUA